AUGAGCGAACAACAGCAACAGCAGCAACCACAGCAGCCUCCGUUGCCGUGUGCGACGGGUUGUGGGUUUUACGGUCGCCCCGAGACUCAGAAUAUGUGCAGUAAGUGCUACAGGGACCACAGCCAAAGUUCAGAGUUGAGCAGCAACCGCGCGAGCGGUACGUCCUCGGGAUCCGCAGUCCCGACACCUGCCACGCGCGAGGCACCAGAUUCACCGCGAGAUGUACAAGACAACAUGUCGGUUUCCGGGGUUGCAGCGCUCACCAGUACACUCGAGUCCCAACCGAAACUCGAAACGGAAACCGGCCCCGCAGCCGUGUCCGCAGAGGGAUGCAAGGCAGAGGUACAGGUAGAGUCACCAAAGCGAGAGCAGAAGGACCACGGCAACUGCUUCAAGUGCAAUCGCCGAGUUGGACUGCUGGGUUUCAAAUGCCGAUGUGGUUUUACGUUUUGCUCGCUACACCGCUACGCUGAACAACACGACUGCGACUACGACUAUCGUGCGCGGGCGCGUGAACAGCUCGCGAGUGCCAAUCCGGUAGUUGCGGCGAGCAAACUGGAAAAAAUCUGA